CUUGCACCUUGCACUCGUUGUUGCGUGUCCUUUUUGCACUUGGUCCGCCGUCGCCCGGGCUUCCCACGCGCUCGCUCUCUCGGUCUCUCCUUGGUCCUCGGCUCAUUCCUAGACUGCCACGCUCGCCUGCAACCGAGUUGCGUCGAGCACUUGUGAAUCGUGGCGCCGUCCGUGCAUCUUGCAGGGGUCAACACUGCCAUGUCGCUCGCGUGGCUCCGAAACCACGCGCGCAACCGCGAUCGCGGUACGACCAGGACGCGCUCUAACAGCCAACGCCUAGCAGCACAGCGCGCGCACCGCCAGUUCGCCGGUGCCGAGGCGUACGCUCCACGCAUUACGUACGAUAACUCGUUCGUAGUGGACAGCAGCGUCACGUCCCGGGACACCAACUGGGUCUCUGAUGACCAGUACAAACGCCAAUAUCUCCGUCUCGGCUGGGAGGUGGCACCGAUCCGCAAGGAUGGCAACUGCCUCUUCCGAGCGCUGAGCGACCAGCUCUACGGCCAUGAGCGCCGCCACUUGGAGCUGCGUCGCCGUCUGGUAGACUUUAUCGAUUUGGAACGCGCCUUCUUCGAGCCGUUCGUGGCUGGUGAGGGAGUCGUUGAGUACUGCGCACGCCUUCGUGAAGCAGGAGCGUGGGGCGGCCACCCGGAGCUCGUAGCCGCCUCCAGACUGCUGGGUGUCAACAUUAUCGUGCACACGGGCCCCGUCAAGCGACUGCGCAUCGACACUGACAAGUAUGCGAGAACUAAGGAAGGCAAGGGCAAGACGAUCAAUUUGCUGCUCAAACACGACCACUACAGUAGCCUUCGAAAGAGGGAAAAGCCGCUUGAUCAGCAACACGGAUGCUCCGAUAUGUGUCUGUGCAGGCGAAUUGUUACGCCGUCUCGCGCUUCACUUGACUCGCGCGCGUCUCUGGGCGCUCGUCCGUCAGAUCUCGGCUCGAGCUUUAUUGACCGCAAUUCAGACGUGACUAGACGCAGCUCCCUGGGCGCUCGACCCGCGGAUAUCAGCAUUGAGCAGCGUGGUCGACUGAAAGGUGCCUAUGGCCGCAAGUCUGUGCCAGACGCCCCUGACAGCGCCAAUAAAAAGCAACAGAAGGCUCCGUCCAAGCCAAAGUCGCGACCGCCUCCCCCUCCUGUCAAGCCGAAGACGGCGGCUCCUACUGCACCAUCCAGACCAAAAGUACCGGCACCCGCACCACCCAGCAAGCCCAAGUCCCCAGCACCGGCCCCGCCGAAAGCUGCGACACCAGCUCCAAAGUCCCCUGUACACAGCAAGGCGGCAUCGCCUCGUAGGCCUCGAUCUCCCAUGCCCACUCCACCUGCAAAGCAGAAGAGCCCAGGUGUGGUGCUUUUCCAGCCAGAGUCGUUGAAACCCGUCGUGAAGCCAAAAGCUCCUCUCGUUGUGCUCUUCGAGCCCGAACAGACCCCCACAUCCAAGCCAACGCCUAAGAAAUCUACUGUGAACACAGCGACACCCGCCAAGCCCACGUCGGCUGUGGUCCUGGACGCUGAAGUGGAAGAACCCGAGUCAAACGAGGAUGUCCCUCAGCGUGGCGUCCGUCUACCGCGUCGUGCCGUCUUCAACGGCGGUAAACGCCGUCGUUCCAGUGCAGCUGCGCUAUCACUGCUACAGGAAGUCUCGGCCAGCCUGAACGUCAGCGCCCCCGAGGUCACGAUCGAGCCUGUGCCGGUGGUGAAGCCUGUGGUGAAGACGAUCACGCCUGUGACGAUGGCGAAGCCCGUCGUGAAAACCAUCAAACCCGUGACAAUGACCAAGCCAGUGAUCAAGACGGUUAAACCCGCGACUGUAGACAAGCCAAAUCCGCCGGCGCCGCGCUCCAUGGAGAUCAAGAAGUCGAGCAAGAAGGUUUUCCGUCAAGGUCGCCCUGUACCCACUGCAUGCUGAAGGAAAGUUAGCGUUUGCAGUACUUGAUAUGCCGCGUGUUGAAUGAAAGCUCGCGGCUUGUAAGAUAUAGAGAACACCAAGAGAGGCGCCAGAGUCUCAGCCUUGUCUUCGAUCGAAGAGGACGAGGAGCCCCUGGACUUAGGAGACACGUAUAAUGUCAAACAAAAUACACGGAUGACAGUGCAGUGCACCACUUUGAAACGCCC